UGUAGACCUUACCAGCAUCUCGACUAUCUUCAAGUCAACAUAGACGAUUCAAAUGUCCAAGAUAUAUCCCCUGUUUUUGAUAUUGCUUUUAAGAGCUGUUAUGGCUAUAGAUGGACAUCAAGAGGCCGACAAUGCUCGCAAUAUCACCUUUUUGGCACCAGUCUCCGACUUCCAUCUGGUUGGUCACGUGAUAGCCAACAGAACAGUAGAUACUCCGGAUCAGUGUCAGAUUGAAUGUUUUUUCAUUGCUGAAUGUACCUCCCUGAAUUUCGACACCAGUCCUCGCGCAUCACCAAACUGUCAACUGAGCGCUUCUAAUAAAAAGAUUAAAUUGGGAGAUUUGACGCCAAAGCCUGGUUACAUUUACCAAGGUAGCAAGAAUGACUGCUUUGGAAAUCCAUGUAAUUCAUCAAACCAUACAUGUCAGUCAGGGUUUGGACCUCGUGGGUUUCGCUGUAUUUGCGCAAACUGCUUGACAGGAAGCUACUGCGAUAAAUAUACUUCAGACACCGUGCUCAAUUUUCCAACCCAGUCUACUGACCAGGAUACUGUAAAGUACGUUGAGUUUCCAGACUUGGUCAAUUUCACUAUUAGCCUAUGGCUGCAAAUGAACUUGUUUUCAGGAACACGCACAGCCUUUUCCUUUGAAGGUAAAGUCGAUGGAGGUAAUGUUGAUGAAAUAGCUUUGAUAUUCUAUAGAGAUUCGAUCAGGAUUGACUUUCAAGGCGACGGAUUAAGUCAAAGAUACGAUAAUCAGAACAAGAUAUUUGACGGAAACUGGCACCACAUUGCCCUUACGUGGUCGCUGUCUUUUAAAGCAAUCAAUAUUUACAUCGAUGGAAACAGCAUUAAAGAGAAAAAAGAUAACACCCACAAACAAUUGAAGAGAAAUCUGAGAUUCACCUUGGGACAGGAGCAAGAUAGCUACGAUAAUGGAAAUUACGAAAAUAUGCAAAGUUUUGUAGGAAACAUAACGGCUUUCAAUAUGUGGGACAGAGUUUUUGCAGACAAUGAAAUAUCCUUGCUUGCCAAAGAAUGCCCUUCUUCACACAGACAAGGCAACUUGCUGAAUUGGCCUGACAUUGUUCAAGACAAGAAUGACGCUCUCAAGUAUUUCUGUGGAUUGUCAUGUGAAGAUUUCGGUCUUGUUAACCAGGAUCAUCGUAACCAGGAAAAGACUACGCAUGCGUGUUUUGAUAACCAAUGAACGAAAAAAUAGCCGUAAUCAUGUCGCGCGAGAGAAGGUCUGUGGAAAAGAAAAAGACAAAACUAUUCAAAUGAGCCGAAUGUAAAGAGAUUUGAAGCAAAUAAUUGAAUAUGCACAAGCACAUGAUUUAUAGCAACUUGAACAUACUAAACUUGCCAAACCGUUGUAAAAAGAUAAAUUUACAGCUGUAACACCGUAAAAAAGUAUAUGAAACAACUUACUGACGUUUCGGACGUUAAUCCUUCGUCGGAAGAGAUGAAACUAGGAUGAAACGUCAGUGAGUUGUUUCUCCUACUUUUUACGGUGUUAAAUUUAUCUUUAUAAAGAUUCCUCGCGACAUGAAUGCACACCGCACGCGUAGAUCAUGGAGUUCAACCUACCUACAAUGCUGACUUUGUGUAUACAUCUAUAUUUAUCUUUAAGUAAAGCUGCAAAAGCUGUAUUUAUGUAGCUAGAUUCUCAUAUAUUAAUAAUUUUGCAAUCAGUCUUUAAUUUCUAGUUGCUUUUUGCU